CAGUAUUCAGAAGAGUAUAAUUCCAGAUUCGUCUUCAUUCUUAGUAAUCUGAACUCAGUACCUUUAAAUAACACUAAAACCCAAGAUACAUAGUAAACAACUGGGAUUUUGUUUAUGCCACAUAAAACGAGAAGAAGAAGAUCAUAGAAAGCCUAAAGGAUGACUGUGCUUCCUCAGAGGUCUGUCUGGGAGAUGAUUAAAGAGUUCAGAAGGAAUUGGCACACCCUUUGUGACUCUGAGAGGACCACUGUAUGUGGUGCAGACUCCAUGCUCUUGGCAUUGCAGCUCUCCAUGGCGGAGAACAACAAGCAGGUCCCUACUCUAAGGACAACAAGGAUAAUUUUCUUAGUUGCUUUCAAAUGGCACAGUGGAGAAUUUACAGUCUCUCUCAGCGAUGUGUUAUUGACCUGGAAACACUUACUACAUGAGAAAUUGAACUUGCCAGUUGAAAAUGUGGAAGUGAUUGACCAUUAUGAGGAUAUUAGGAAGACUUAUGAUAAUUUCUUAAAGAAUAGUAAUAUGUUAGAUCUGAUUGAUGUUUAUAAAAAAUGUAGUGUUUUGACUUCUAAUUGUGAAGAGAAUGCCAACAUAUCCCCUAGUCAACUACGGGAUUUUCUGUCUGGCAGACAGUCUGCAGUAGAUGAUGAAUCUGAUCUUUAUGUACCGACAUCACCAAUGAGUAAAUACAACCAGGAUAAUGAAAAGGUGAAGUUACUAGCAAAGAAAAUUAUCUACUCAUAUUUAAACCUGCUAGUGAAUUCAAAGAAUGACCUGGCUCUGGCUCAUAUUCUCAAUGUUCCUGAUAGAGGACUUGGAAGAGAAGCCUUCACUGAUCUGAAACAUGCUGCUCGAGAGAAACAGAUGUCUAUCUUUUUGGUGGCCACAUCAUUUAUUAGAACAAUGGAGCUUGGAGGGAAAGGGUAUGCACCAUCACCAUCAGAUCCUUUAAGGACACAUGUGAAAGGAUUGUCCAAUUUUAUUAGUUUCAUUGACAAAUUAGAUGAGAUUCUUGGAGAAACAUCAAAUCCAAGUAUUGCAGGGGGUCGGAUACUCUCAGCGAUAAAGAUGCAGCUGAUUAAAGGCCAGAACAGCAGGGAUCCUUUUAAUAAAGCAGUAGAGGAAGUUGCUCAGGAUUUGAAUUUGAGGAUUAAAAAUAUUAGCAGUUCUCAACAAGGCGAUGUAGCUGUUAGCACCACUGACAUCAGUCCUGCACGGCCAAAAUCUAAUGCCAUAAACCAUGGUACUGCAUACUGUGGCAGAGAUACUGUGAAAAUUUUACUAGCUCUUUUGGAUGAAGAAGCAGCCAGUGCUCCUACCAAAAACAAAGCAGAGCUUUUAUAUGACGAUGAAAACACCAUUAUUCAUAAUGGAACUUCUAUUCUUACACUUUUCAGGUCUCCCAUACAAGUGAAGAAUUCAUUGGUGAAACCACUGGGAGAACGCAUCCAUAAGUCAAUGGAAAAGAAAGAAAUUAAGAUGAAGCAAACCUCAAUUAGAUCCCAGUUUUCUUGUACUUACAAAGAUGACUGCCUGAUAAGCAAGAAUACAUGGAAUAAUGUGAAUUCAGCAUCAAAGCCCUUGUGUGUUCUUCACAUGGAAAAUGACCUUUUUGAAGGUGUAAAUUCAUCUGUUGGAAGACCAACAAUUAGAACAAGUUCUGGAAAUGUUCAUCUGGACAGAAAUAAAAAUAAAAAAGUAGAAAGAAAAUCAAGUAGUCAGACAGGAAAUAAAAGUUCAAAAAGGAAACAGGUGGAUUUAGAUGAUGAAAACAUUCUCUGUGAUAAUGGAAGUGAACCACCCCAACAUAAAAAUGUUAAGAUACCUAAGACAUCAAACGAUUUGCAGAAUAAAUUGGAUGGCAAACUAGCCAGAGUAGCAAAAAGCAACAAGUGUACUGCCAAGGACAAAUUGAUUACUGGCCAGACAAAGUUAACUCAGUUCUUUAGACUAUGAAUUUGUCUUUUAUGUACUUUUAGAUUUAUGUAUAUAUGAAACCAUUCAUCAAAGGCAUUUACUUAAUUUUUAAGAGAUCAAGGUGUAAAUUAUGAUGCUUUAUUAUUUUGGUCUGGAGUGUAUGUAAGGUUAAUAUGUUAAGCAUUAUUUUAAAAAAAUACUAAGUCAUAGUGAUGCAGAAUAUUCACAAAGUUUAAUGUACAAAUAAAGUAUAUCAUUUAAGUUACUGGUAUCUCUUUAUACUACUUUCUUUUAAAACAGACAUUUCAAAUAAUAUGUCAUAGCAACGGUAAGGGCUUCCCCCCCCACAGGCAGUUAAAUGAUUUUCUUUUCUUCUGCAAAGAUGAUGUGGACCAACAGGUAUCAGACUUGCCAACAUGGUCGAUAGACUCUUCCCAGCAUACACCUGAGCACUGAAAGAAAAAAAAAGGUUUAAAUUGUUUAAAGGACUAUUACUAUCACACACAAAAAAAUUAUUAAAAAUGAAAAUAGUGGAUCUAAUAUAGCUAAUUCUACAUCAAAACUACAACAACCAAUUAAAUGCCUUUUAAUUUCACAUAUUUGGCAGGGGUCACUUAAUAGCAAGUGUAAUUGAACCAUGGUCUUAUUUAAUUUUGUCAUGAUUGGAUCCAAAUUCAGUUAAACUCAGACUUCUAUUUUAUGUUACUAAGAUACAGAAUCAAAUUUUAAAGGACUACUCACUGUCAAAAUCUCUCCUUCCUAUAGGGAAUUUGGCCGAGUUCUCUUCAUCGCCACUCUCUCUCUUUUCUUGUGUUGGUUCAGUGUUCUGAACUCCACUCUCAGCUGGAAAAGCUACAGUUCCUUUUAGUGCGAAAGAAGGUUUUAGAGCCAGAUUCAAUGGCAGACCAUGAUUCAAGAAAUUAUGUUUAAGGCCUGCAUUCUGUAGAGAAAAGGUUGAAAUGUGUUUUAGCUGUCUUACUG